AUGCUCCAGCGCAUCGGCGCCAGCAUGGCCACGUCCUGCGUCGCCAUGGCCGUUGCGGCGCUCGUGGAAGUCAGGCGGCUCCGCGUGGCCAGAGACGCGGGCCUGGUCGACCGGCCGGACGUGGCUGUGCCGAUGAGCCUGUGGUGGAUGAUUCCGCAGUACGUUCUCAUGGGCCUCGCCGCAGUGCUGGGUAUGGUUGGUCUGGAGGAGUUCUUCUACGACCAGGUGCCCGACACUCUCCGCAGCGUCGGGCUCGCGCUGUGCCUGAGCAUCUUUGGCGUGGGAAGCUACGCCAGCAGCUUGCUUGUGUCCGUGAUCGACUGGGCGACGAGAAGCAAAGGCGAGAGCUGGUUCUCCGACAAUCUCAACCGAGGGCAUCUCGACUACUUCUACGGGCUCCUUGCAGGGCUCGCGGCUCUAGAGGUAGCCGUGUUCUUGUAUUUUGCAAAUCGAUACGUCUACACAAAGAAAGCCGAGCUGUGA